AUUUUUGUUUUGACGCAAAGUCUGUUUUCAGUCGCGUGCGGUUGCUUGUGCCUUUUUAGGAAAUUUUCAAACUUUUUGGCAUUCGUGCGCGAAUUGAGGAUUUAUUUGCAUUGAGUUUUUAAUAUCCUUAGCUGCGCAUCGAAAGAAGUUAUCUUUGAGCGAAAAAUCUAUUAUUAUUCACUUUACACCGGUUAUUUCACGAACUCUUCCUUCUAUGCGUUGCAUGGUUUUGUUUUCAUAUUUACGGCGAAGAGGGAGAACACUAUCAGAGUUGGAUCGGUAUGAAUUACCGAAAAGACACCCAGACGGAAUAGACGUUCAGCUGUUCCGUGACCUAUUGCAGUGAAGUUGUUUCCAGUGAAAUAAAAAAAAUUGUCUAGUGUUGUUCAUUCAUUGUGUAUAGAGGUCUGUCGUUUUCUUCACGUUCACGGAUAGGCUCGUGCCAAUCGAUUGUUGAUAAAAAGGUGGUGAUUGUAUAAUCAUCCCUAUCUUGACCUCAAUUCGUUUCGUUUACAAUUUAGUUAAAUAAUUAUUUAGUUAUAUCAAGUGCGCAAUUUAAAAAUUACAUGGCAAAAAUAGUGCAAUUAUAAAUCGAAGGAAUCCGCUUCGUUCUGAAACUCGGUGCAAGUGGAAACAAAGGUGCUGCGUCGAAAGAAGAAGCUGUGGUUUAAUACACUAAUAAUAAUCUGUUGCGGGGGUGUGAUCCGUGUGUGCUGUUGGAUGUACUUACUGCUGGCUGGAGUCAAUUUAUCGCAACAAUACAUUCAUACAACUGUAAAUGCAUAUUCGUGCGAUUGUGCCCAAGUCGUGCGUGAUGUGAAAUGCAUAUUUUCAUCGCUUAGCUUUACUAUCUGUGGAGGGGAUCUGACAAAGGUUGCAUCUGUGAGUCAUACCUACGCAAGCUGAAAGAAACCAACUGGAACUGGGAGAAGAAUAAAAUAAUUACUACAGCUAACUAGUGGUUGCUGGCGUAGUUUUAGAAUUGGCAUAUUUUAUCGUCAAGUUAAAUAAUUCACGAAACCCACCCGAUAUCCACAACAGAAUGGGCAAUGUAAUGAACAAAGUCACCAGCCCGAUCCAGGCAAUGCGCGGUAAGAAGCGCAAACACGAGGACGACGACUCGGACAGCAACGAGGAGAUCAACGAUUUGCUCGACAAAUCGCUUGCUACUCCGAAACGAAAGAAGCUCAUCUCGACGGCCAAGUACAUCUACCAGGCGCUAUUCAAGGAGGAACGCAACUCGGACAUCACGGUGCACGCCCUAGGUAAGGUGUGGCACCUGCACAAAGUUUACCUCAGCCAGAGUCCUUACUUCGCCACAAUGUUCAACGGAUCGUGGCGAGAGGCGGAGGAGGACUACGUCCAUAUCGAGAUUGUGGACCCGAAGGUGACUAUCGAAUCGCUGUACUCGGUGUUCGGGUCGCUGUACAUGGACGAGGUGGUGCUGGAACCGAGGGAAAUUGUUUCCAUUCUGGCAACGGCCACCCUCUUUCAGUUGGAUAGUUUGAUUGAUCGGUGUGCGGAGGUGAUGAUUGAAACAUCAAACGCGGAGACGGCGGUCAAGUAUUACGAAGCUGCAUGCGAGUACGGAGUAAAAAGUGUGAAACAAUCGACGUUCAAUUGGCUGCUGGUAAACCUGCUGAGUCUGUACUACAAAACUGGCAAGUGGUUACGGUUGAUUAGCGUCGAGUUGAUGGAGCUGCUGGUCGCCAGUCCCGGUCUGUAUGUGAUGCAAACCGAGCUGUCACUCUAUACGUUGCUGAGGUAUUGGAUGUAUUUGAAAUUGCAUCCAGGGGGAGAGGAGGUGGCGGCUUCAGAGGAAAAGCUACAGUAUUUCGCAAACAGACAGAGCUCAGUUGCAUUCUUGGAUACUCCGAAGGGGAAGCCGUACGAGAAGUGCUUCCGCGCGUUACGCUUACACAAUUUACUUAACCACCACGUGGACAUCAAAGUGCUGAAGCAGGAUAAUAUUAUUCCGGUGGAAUGGUUGCACGAACCGCUGUUUCAGCAGUGGAAUAGCAUGCUGUUGGUUGAUCAAACGCUAGAUAAAGGACCUAAGGACGUAGAGGAAAAACUUUUCUUGGAAACCUGCAUACGAUGUGGACGAACCCUGCCGGAAAAUGAGUACCUCAAGUGGCGAUGGACGGGAUUUAAUUUCGGAUUGGACUUGAUUCUAAUAUCGGACACGAAAACCCUGAGAGUAAAAAGGCACCACCGAACUGAAAACGAACGGUUACUUAGCCUACAGGUGAAACGGCAGUUCCAGAUUAGGGUGUCGGUAGCUUCCCUAAAUGACCUUCGGCAAAUCAAACACCAACAAACCACCCAAAUCCAGACAGUAUCGCUGGACAAAAACGAAGAAGCGAUGCUGAUCAUGUUCGAUAAGGAACUCACCUUCCCGUUACUCAUUUCGGUCAACAUGCUGGUCGUAUCACCUCCAAGAUCUAAUUCUAACUCGUCGACCGUCCAAGGAUCGUUAACAGAUGGUGCGUCCAGUUCUCGACAGUCGCAGCGCGACGAAGAAGAAUCAUUGGACGCCAGUGGAAACAAUAUCGCACUGGGCUCAUGAUUACAAACCAUUCGGGUCAAACGGGCUCGCCGUCUCGGUCGGCGGUUCGGUGGAAGCACGUCGGGGUGCUGAAAAAUGUACUGGACAGUGGGGUUAUUGAACCCGUCGUUCUGUGUUAUCUUUCAACGGGUUUGUGUCAGCUGUUUUUACUUAUCGUGAUCAUUUGGCAACGACAAAUAUUACUCGAAAAAAAAAACUGUUGUUACGCACAGAUAACAUAUAUUAGUGGAUACGAACAGAAUUUGCUUUGCUUUGAAAUCUAAUUAGGUACAUUGCAAAUGAUAAGAUGUCCCUUUCUGAUAUCAGUUCGAAGCGCGUAAAUCGAGCGUUGUGGGAGACGAACUGAUGUGUUUCCGUUUUUCUCGCACCGCCUCUAACAAUCAGUGUCUUAUUCUGUAACUACCGAAGGUUAGAACCAAUGUCAAGAAGUGUUUUAUAUAUUGAAGAGUAUACAACUUCUGAAUUGUAUUAUGUAACGAGGGUUUAGCCUCAAAUAUAUUGCAAACAUUUGGAAACUUUCAAACGAAUUUAAUUAUUUGUAUUUAUUAUUGUUGUUGAUCCAAUUUUUCUUUUGUAUUCCAAAAAAAUGAACAUAAUUGAAGACAUGCUAUUUAUUCGACAAUCAUACAAAUAAAAAAUGUCUUGUUUUUGAAUUGUAUAACUUUCUGUUAUUAAUGGUCCAGCAUUUGCUCCCAAAUCGCAAUAAGUUAUGAUGAUAUAGGGGAACUGUUCCAUUUUCCAUCUCACUGAACAUAUAUUCAUCUCAUUGUAAACCAGAGAAAUACAGCACCAAUCUUGUUGCUUCUUUUUGCUAACAUGCGUGCUCACUGCUGAAAAAAAAUCACAAAAAUUAAAAAAAAAACAAAUCAAAUUCCUUUUUAUUGCUUUGUUUUUGAUGGGAUGGAAAUGAGAGCUAUGAGAUGAAGUGCCGAACCGUUCCCCUAGGGGUAUUAUCCGCAUUACAUCGUUGCUGAUUGCGUAGGCAAACCCAAUACGUCUCGUUUUCGUUGGUUUUCGUCGAUGGCACUUCGUUUUUUGUCUUAGUACAAGUUGAAAGUUACCAUAAGCACCAGUGUCCGCCAUAUUUGAUGUAAUUCGAUAGGAAUUCAUCAUGUAACCGUUUAUGUUAGAUGACAUACUGCCUAUCGUUUGAUGGAAUUUUAUUGAUUUGGUAUAGAAUUCAAAUCUAGUAAACGAUUAAUUAUGAAUAUUUAGCUCGUUUUUUCAAAAAGUAUUCACUGCUGUUGUCGACCUCGUGCUUCCAAUAACAUUUCCAAAACUUCUACCUCUAUCAUUUCUUCUAAAUGAAAGACGAAUUUAACAUCAUUUAUCCACUGUAUGGAAUCUUCUGGGUUAUAGUUUUCUUUGACUCCUAACUAGCACAACUUAAAGAAGAAAAUCAACUCGCAAAUCUUCCGUACAGAAACUCGCAGUUUUUUUUAAAUUAUUCAAAAUUCGCCCUUUAUAACGUCUUAAACGGAGUACGAUCAGUAAUCAUAUAUAGCGUGCCUUACACACGUGGGUAUUCGCCAAAGGAGCAUCCAAUAUUUGUUUAAUUAUUUAAAAAAUAUCAAAGAAACUCGUCAUGUUUCUCAUAUAAUGCACAUAAUUAAUAUUAACUGUCCCCAGUCCAGUAAGUUGUAACUACAACAGCAUGAGGAAAUCUGAUAAACUAUCCCGUAGCUUAUACGUCUAAAUCUCUCAAAAUAAGUUAAACUCCGCCAUAGAUAAGUUCAAUAUUAGGUUAUGCAAGAAAAACCCAGUCAUAUGCUUUGCAUUAUUUUUAGUCAUUAAAACAAACACUUACAUUUUAUAAAUAUGAAGAUGAUGAAGAUAAGUGAUAAUAAGCGUUCAAUUUCCAUAUAACACAAUAACUAAAGUUAAAGUAAGCUCGCCAGAGGAGGGUAAAAUUACUUAACUAGUUUAUUAACUCAUUAGGUCUGUACUGUGUCAAAACGUGUAAAAACUUCCAUUUCCAUCAUGAUUUACAGCAGUGAGUGAGAUACAUAGAAAUGAACUGAACAUGUUGUUCGACACCAUAACUUAGCAAACAAGUCUUGCAUUCUCAUUACGUGAUUCUGUGACUAACUUCCAUGCCUAGGUUUUUUAUUUAGACUGUGUAUAUAAAACUAAACGAUGGCAGGCACAACAUAUGUAAAUGCAAUUUAUAUUUGUUUAUAGGAUAUACGAUUUUAUUUACAAUAUAACAUCGAAGUAAAGUUCUCUA